CUUCGCCUGCCAAGGACACGAGCCCGCGUUUGCCCCCCGGUGCGCACCGCCCAGCAGGGAGAGGUAGUCCGGUUUCCCAGAAAUCUCCUGCUAAAUGCAAGAGUUUGCAGUCCUGCAGUUUACUUACUGUAUUGCCAGAAAUUGAAUUUGACACAGAUUCUGGAAACCACAAGGCAAGCUCUAGAGUUCCCUUUGAGAAGAAGCCAUACUCAACCGAGAUGUCACGGCACCACAGCCGGUUUGAAAGAGAUUAUCGCACUGGGUGGGAUCGCCGAGAAUGGAGCUCCAAUGGGAAUCACGUGAACAGCAGUAACUGUAACAGUACAGCGAGCAGCAACUGCAACAACAGACCUGGGCUGUUGCCUUUGCCAAUUGUUCCCUCUCGACUACCUACUCCAGCCACGGCUGCUUGCACCACAGUGAACAGCGACGUGAGAACGAGCCUUGUGGCCAACUCAUCCGCAGCUUCAACUACCAAAACGCCUUGCAUUUCCAAGACUGAAAAUCAGCCUCAAGGACUUGCAACUAGUGUUAGGUGGGGACAGACACCCAUCAAUCAAUCUACACCCUGGGACACAGAUGAACCACCCUCUAAACAGAUGAGGGAGAAUGAAAACCCAGGUACAGCACCAUGGGUUACAACAGUUGCAGCCGGUAGCCAGCCAACUCUUAUAACUCAUUCAUAUGGAAUGACUCAGCCUCCAACCUUCAGCCCAGCAGUGAAUGUCCAGGCCCCUAUCAUUGGAGUUACACCCUCACUCCCUCCUCACGUUACCCCUCAGCUUCCAUUAAUGCCAGCUCAUUAUCAGCUUCAACAGCAGCCUUCACAGCCUCUGAAUAACAUGGUUGUGAACCUGCAAAGCCAGCCUUUGUACACUAACAGCCAGCCGAUCAUGUCCUCUGUGACUGGGGUUGGUCAGGUGACUCACCCAGGCCACACUGCAGUAGGGAAUGGUCAUAUGACUUGCCCUAUUCUGCCUCCACCGCCACCUGCUCUGCCUUCAGCUGCCCUACCCAAUAGUGUUCCAGCUACCAAUGGGCCGGCUGCUCCUCAGCUUCCUCCCAGCCAGACGGGCAAUCAGGAGACCACAAAUGGGGUACAAAUGCUACGGACUAUUGGCGUGGGAAAGUACGAGUUCACAGACCCUUGGCAUCCAAAAGAAAUGUUGAAGGAGUUGAACCAGCAACGCAGAGCGAAAGAGUUUACAGACCUGAAAAUUAUUGUUGAAGGCAAAGAGUUUGAAGUCCACCAAAAUGUUCUAGCUUCCUGCAGCUUGUAUUUCAAGGACCUGAUUAAAAGGUCACCACGAGACAGUAGCAGAGGCGGGGAGAAGCUGGAAUUGGCCAUGUCAAACCUCACUGCAGAUGUUCUGGAAUUACUACUGGAGUUUGUUUAUACAGGUUCUUUGAUCAUAGAUUCUGCCAACGCAAAAACUCUUCUGGAGGCUGCCAGCAAGUUCCAGUUUCAUACUUUCUGUAAAGUCUGUGUGUCAUUUCUAGAAAAACAAUUGACUGCCAGCAACUGCUUAGGAAUAUUAGCCAUGGCUGAAGCUAUGCAGUGCAGUGAACUAUACAAUAUGGCCAAAGCAUAUGCCCUACAAAUUUUCCCAGAAGUGGCCAAUCAAGAGGAGAUCCUUAAUAUCUCAAAAGACGACUUCAUUUCCUACAUGUCCAAUGACAGCCUGAACACCAAAGCAGAAGAGCUGGUGUACGAAACAGUGAUAAAAUGGAUUAAGAAGGAUGCUGCACUCAGAGCUCAGUAUGCUGCAGAGUUGCUGGCAGUGGUCCGCCUCCCCUUCAUUCAUCCCAGUUAUCUGCUAAAUGUUGUUGACAAUGAGGAGUUGAUAAAGUCUUCAGAGGCCUGCCGGGAUCUAGUGAAUGAAGCAAAACGUUAUCACAUGCUCCCACAUGCCCGACAAGAGAUGCAGACACCAAGAACCCGGCCCAGGCUAUCAGCAGGUGUGGCUGAGGUAAUAGUCCUCGUGGGAGGUCGUCAGAUGAUUGGCAUGAACCAACGAGCUUUAACGGCGGUCACUUGCUUAAAUCCUCAAAACAAUAAAUGGUACCCAUUGGCCAGCCUGCCUUUCUAUGAUCGGGAGUUUUUCAGUGUAGUCAGCGCUGGAGACAACAUCUAUCUUUCAGGUGGCAUGGAGUCUGGUGUCACGCUGUCUGAUGUCUGGUGUUACAUGUCCUUACUUGAUAACUGGAAUCUCGUAUCCCGCAUGACAGUCCCAAGGUGUCGACACAACAGCCUGGUGUAUGAUGGGAAAAUUUAUACCAUUGGAGGCGUUGGUGUGGCAGGCAAUGUUGAUCAUGUGGAAAGGUAUGACACAAUCACCAAUCAGUGGGAGACAAUAGCUCCUCUGCCAAAGGCCGUGCAUUCUGCAGCUGCCACUGUUUGUGGUGGCAAGAUCUACGUGUUUGGCGGGGUGAAUGAAGCUGGUCGAGCCGCUGGAGUCCUGCAGUCAUAUGUCCCUCAGACUAAUGCAUGGAGUUUUAUAGAGUCUCCAAUGAUCGAUAACAAAUAUGCUCCUGCAGUCACUCUCAAUGGGUUCAUCUUUAUUCUUGGAGGAGCUUAUGCAAGAGCAACCACCAUCUAUGACCCAGAGAAAGGCAAUAUUAAAGCAGGUCCCAACAUGAACCACUCCAGGCAGUUCUGCAGUGCUGUGGUUCUUGAUGGAAAAAUUUAUGCCACGGGUGGAAUUGUUAGCAGCGAAGGACCUGCGCUGGGGAAUAUGGAAGCCUACGACCCUAAGACAAACACGUGGACGCUUCUACCCAAUAUGCCAUGCCCUGUGUUUCGACAUGGCUGUGUAGUAAUUAAAAAGUACAUUCAGAGCGGUUGAUGCUAUCAAGGAGUUGGACGGAGAACUGGUUUUGCCUGCCAAACGCAGGCAAAAAUAAAAAAAGCUAUUACAACAAGAAAAAUAAAUAAAAUUAGAAGAACAAAAACACAAAAGCAACGAACAUAUUGCUCUAAAGUUUUGAAUAUUCUCUACAUUGAAUGUAGAAAAUCAUCUUCACCUUUUGGUGAACGAGGAGCAGAGAGCUCCGUGCUAUGUAAGAUAGUGUAACUUGAUAAUACAAGUGUGUCACUAGAUGUUGUAGUGGCACUUGUUACGGAUGUAGGCUUUGGGUCAACCCAGGUGCAAUAGAAUUUCACAUAUUUUUUAACCGGGGGGAGAGAAAAAACUGCAUUUUACUCCUAGAGAGCAAGCUUGAUUCUUAACAUAACUGUGCAGAAGAUUAGUUUUACUAUUACACAUUAGGCUAUUAGAAAGAAGUCAAAGUGUCCUUAUCACUUUGAUUCCUACAUUUGUUUUUAACAAAUACAUGCUUUUCAGUACCAAUGACUGAGAGAUAUCUUGUGUGACAGCUGGCGUAGGUUGAUGUCAGUCUUCCAUCAGCUCAAAUAAAUACUGCAGUUCUCUAGAGCAGCAAAAAAAGGAGAGAAAGAGAGAGAAGAACUGAUUAUAAUGGCAUUCUAUGUGAAAAGGGUUUCUUGGGCUGUAUGGGUUUCUGCCCCCUACAUGGCAGCAUUUGUGUGUUGGGAGUGGAGAAUGGUUUUUACCCUGUUUUCUGUUGUACGAGCAAAACUUAACAGUGCUUGCAACCUCUAAUGCAAUUAUUAUUAUUUUUAGAGUCCAGAGGCAUUUUCUUGAUUAAACUAACCUCUUCAAAAUAUUCUGAUUGGAAUCAUGUUAAUAAAACAAACCAUAUGAUGUGGGAUUUCCACAUUUUCAGUAAGUUAUUUAAGAAGAUGCCUCAUAUACUCAUUUUUGGAUCACAAUCAAGAUUCCUUAUGUUGGGAUAUAUGCCACUAUCUUUUUGUUUUUAAAUUACAUCUAAGAGGACAUCUUAAAAAAAAACCAAAACCUAUCUCCUAAUUAAAAGGUAUGGAAGUCUUAAAUGCAAACUUCUCUCAUUAAGGGGCAUCAGAAUGAGACCGUUUCAGAAUAAAAAUAGUCACACGUUUUAAACACACAAGUUUAAAUCCCAUGAGAGAAAAUGGAUUGGAUGAAGCCCAGUAUAAAAGACACACAAUGAUUACUGUGUAGAGUUGUAAGUAUAUGCACAGCACAGGGGUUAUAUUUUUAUAUAUAUAUAUAUAUUAAAACAUUGUCUAUCCAGAGAAGCAUUGUGAUGUGAAAAUUCUUUAUAAAUUUGUAAAUGGAAUGAUCAAAUGGGAGAUGAGCAGGGAGAUAUAAUGAGGGGAAACAGCUUCUUACAGUUAACAAAUGGAAAAUAAUCCUGAGCAGAGGAUUUGUGUGAUUUUUUUCCAAACAGAGCAGCAGAAAGAGUUACUACAUUUGCCGUCACAGUUUUAGAUUCUAAAUGCCAUGGUGGUAAUUCUGUGGAGAGAUUCCUUUACAGAAUCUCUGUAUGAGAAACACUACGGUCAAUAGCUAGUUGAAUUUCAUACCAAAUAUGUUAGCCUUUUUGUAUCAGGGAGGUCUGCUUACAACUUUCAGGAAACCAGUUCAGACAGUUAGCCAAUCACCUUAAAGUUAUUUUAUUAAUAAAAGAACAAAAUAGUAUGGAAUUUGUAUCUUGCAGUAUUUAAAAAUAAUUUAAAAAAUGCUCAGUCAGGCUAUAUGGUGACUCACAUCUCUCUCCUUUUGAUAGUGAAGUUCCAACCUUUGUUAUGCAGUUGUUUUGAUUAUUUAUUCUUUAGAGAAAAAAAUAAGCACAACAAAAUUAUAUACAUAAUAUGUCAUUUAAAGUAUUUAUGUCAAACAGGGUACAAGUGUGAACCUAAAGAUUGGAGCACAAGUUUCUAACUGCCUGGGGCAGGACUAAUUUUAGUGUUGGUGUGUGUCUACCUCCAAAGGAGGUGCUAGCAAUCAACAAGACCUAACACAUUCAACAUUUCCAAUUUAGCUUAUUUCUUCAUUUCUCACACUGGAGCAAAACUGGCUAUUUCUGUGACUAAUAUAAAACAACCAGGGUUCUCUGUAAUGGCAUUGU